UCCAAGACCAAGAAAAAGUUUCUGAUAAGUGUCAAAAAUUGGCAAAAAAAAUACUAAUAAAACAUUUAAAUUACUUACCCAAAAAAUUUAGUGAUGAAAAUUCAGCAGCUCUAGCAAUGAAAACUCCAAAGACUAUAAUUUUG